GGCGGUGUCGGGUGAUUGGUGGUUCGGGCGGCCGGUCAGUCGGAGGAUGGCAGCGGCGGUGUCGGGCGGCUGUUGCCGGCUGAGCAGCGGCUCCCGGGGCCGGGAGCUGGUGGCGGCCGUCGACACCUUCCUGCUGGACUGCGACGGCGUGUUGUGGGACGGGCCGCGGGCGAUCCGCGGCGCGGCCGAGGUGCUGGCCGGGCUGAAGGCCCGGGGCAAGCGCGUCUACUUCGUCAGCAACAACUGCAGCCGCUCCCGGGACACGGUGGUGGCCAAGCUCGGGGCUCUGGGCAUCGCGGCCGGGCCCGAGCAGGUCUACAGCACCGGCCACUGCUCGGCCCUCUACCUGCGCGACACCGCUCGCCUCCGCCGCAAGGUCUACGUGCUGGGCAGCGAGGCCCUGUGCGGCGAGCUGCGGACGGCCGGCCUGCGGGUGUCGGGCGGCCCGCCCGGGCAGGAGGGGGAGGCCGAGGCCGAGGUGCUGCCCGUGUCCCGCUGCUCCCUGGACCCCGAGGUCGGCGCCGUGCUGGUCGGCUACGACGAACACUUCAGCUUCGUGCGGAUGGCCAGAGCCUGCAGCUACCUGCGGGACCCCCGGUGUCUCUUUGUGGCCACCGACCCCGACCCCUGGCACCCGGUGGUCGGAGGCACAGUGGCCCCAGGCUGCAAGCCACAAAGCCCCAGUGCUGAAGAGGUGGAGCCCAACAGUCAGAUCACCUGCACAGUGCGGCCAGGCACCGGCAGUCUGACGGCAGCCAUUGAGGUGGCGUCGGGCCGCAAGGCUGAGGUCAUCGGCAAGCCCAGCACGUUCAUGUUCGACUGCAUCAACGAGAGAGAAGCCAGCACACCCCUCGAGCCCUCCCGCACACUGAUGAUCGGUGACCGACUGGAGACGGACAUCCUCUUUGGCAUCAAUUGCGGGCUGCAGACGGUGCUGACUCUGACGGGUGUCUCCACCCUGCAGGAGGCCCGGGACAACAUGACCAGCGAGCUCCCUGACUGCCGGAGGAUGGUUCCCAAUUUCUAUGUAGACAGCAUCGAGGAUUUCCUUCCCCUGCUGAUGGACUGAGGGGGACAGACUUGGUGCCGAACAGUUGGUUGACUCCAUCUAACAACGCCUGUGGGAGGAAGCUGUCUGCACAGUAACAGAGUCCAUGCACCUGCCGUGGAGUUGUGGAUAAAGCAGAGCUUGGAUCAACUAACAGAGGACCAGGAGUAGUUCCGAACUAGAAUCUAACCUUUUCUAAUCCUGACAAUAAUAAAAGUAUGAAGUGUUGCUUCACUGUC